AGGUUUUCCCAGCUCUAACAAUGUCUGCUAAAAGCCCUUCACUGGCCUAAGUCAUCUUCCUGUAGCAGGGCAGGCCGUACACACCCCUACCCCAGACUCAUUCCUUUGGAGACCGGAGGAAUCCUGAAGCCUGAGGUUCUGAUGGGACCCUGCGAGAUGAUUCGGCUCCGGUAAAUGUACAGAGCGCCGGCCAAUCCUGUGUCCGGGAGACCGGGCGCAACAUCUCAGGCCAGGCGCUCACCCCCGCGGCCUCUGACCCGCGCUGCGCUCGCGAGUCCUUCCCGGGCCGCGGCUCAGCGCGGCGGGGUGCAGGACUUUCUCUUCCGCGCGCCCAGCUCUACACGCCGCGAUUCAGAACUGUCCACGCUACCCUGGGAAGCAGAGCCUCCAGCUAUGCUGCCCCGGUGGGAACUGACUCUCUGCCUGCUUGUUUCCUUGGGCUUCCACUUCCACUCUUUCUAUGAAGUUUACAAAGUCUCCAGAGAGCAUGAAGAAGAACUGGACCAAGAAUUUGAGCUGGAGAUGGAUACUCUAUUUGGAGGACUGAAGAAGGACCCGACUGAUUUUGAAUGGAACUUCUGGAUGGAAUGGGGGAAGCGGAGGCUGGUGUGGCUCUUCCUUGGCCACAUGGCUGCCUCUCAGUUGGCCACAUUACUCGCAAAGAAGCACAGACCCUGGAUUGUCAUGGUCUAUGGAAUGUGGGCCUGCUGGUGUGUACUGGGGACUCCAGGCGUGGUCAUGGUUUUGCUCCACACCACCAUUGCCUUCUUCGUGGCUCAGUUCCGAUCAAUGCUCCUGUCCUGGCUGUGUUCUCUCCUUCUACUCUCCACCCUAAGGCUGCAAAGUGUGGAGGAAGUUAAGAGAAGGUGGUACAAGACCGAGAAUGAGUAUUACCUGCUGCAGUUCACGCUCACCGUCCGCUGCCUGUACUACACCAGCUUCAGCCUGGAGCUGUGCCGGCAGCCUCCGUCUGACCGGCGUGCCUCCUAUUCCUUCCUGUGGCUGCUGACCUAUGUCUUCUAUUAUCCCGCCUUCCACAAUGGGCCCAUCCUUAACUUCCCGGAGUUCUCCAGACAGAUGCAGCAGCCGGAGCUCAGCUGUCUGCAGCACAGCCUCUGCAUUCUAGCCAAGGGCCUGGGCCGCCUGCUCUGCUGGUGGUGGCUGACUGAACUGAUGGUCCACCUCAUGUACAUGCAUGCUCUCUACGGCAGCGUCCCCCUCCUGGAGAGCGUUUCCUGCUGGACCUUAGGAGGACUGGCGCUGGCCCAGGUGCUCUUCUUCUAUGUGAAGUACUUGGUGCUCUUCGGUGUCCCGGCUCUGCUCAUGCGACUGGAUGGGCUCACACCACCACCCCUUCCCCGCUGCGUGAGCACCAUGUUCAGUUUUACCGGGAUGUGGAGGUAUUUUGAUGUUGGACUACACAAUUUCUUAAUCAGGUAUGUGUACAUCCCACUGGGUGGGUCCCAGCGUGGCCUGUUGGGGACACUGUUUUCUACUGCGAUGACCUUUGCAUUUGUGAGCUACUGGCAUGGCAGCUAUGAGGACCUCUGGUGCUGGGCAGCGCUCAACUGGCUGGGAGUCACUGUGGAGAGUGGGGUCCGGAGGCUGCUAGAGAUGCCCUGUGUCCGGGAGACCUUGGCCCGGCACCUCUCCCCACAAGCCCGCCGUCGACUUCACGCUCUGCUGGCCUCCUGCUCUACCUCCAUGCUCAUCCUCUUCAACCUGGUGUUCCUUGGGGGAAUUCAAGUUGGAAAAACCUACUGGAACAGGAUCUUCCUGCAAGGAUGGCCGUGGGUGACCCUGUCUGUCCUGGGAUUCCUGUACUGCUAUUCACAUGUGGGCAUUGCCUGGGCUCAGACCUACACAAUUCUUUAACUGUGUAGCUGCUGGGCCAGCUCAGCCUCCACGGGACAGAACAUUUCAUCCUGAACUUUCACUGAGGCCAUCCCCAAAGACUACCUUCCACUCUAGGACAGUCCCCAAGGGACCACCUUCCGGUACAGGACAGUCCCCAAAGACUACCUUCCACUCUAGGACAGUCUCCGAGGGGCCACCUUCUGCUCCAGGAUAGUCCCCGAGGGACUACCUUCCGCUCCAGGACAGUCCCCGAGGGACUACCUUCCACUCCAGGACAGUCCCCAAGGGACCACCUUCCACUCCAAGACAGUUCCCGAGGGAACACCUUCUACUCAUCUUCUGGUGAAGACACUAUUCCAAAACUGGCAGCUUCAUCAAUCACAGUAAAUAUACACAGUAAAUAUAUCCAAACAUCUUCUAGCUUUGGAGCCUUAAAGAUUUGUUCACGUAAGCUUCCUGAUGCAUAAGGUACAAUCCAGAGCAGUCUCAGGUUUUUCCUGACUAUACCGUAAUGUUUUUAGAACCUCCAAUAAACCUGUUUGGUUUUUUCUUCUCUACCAGAGAUUCAGUGUGGCAGACAUGUGUUUCGACAUGGGAGUCCUAGUUAAGGAUAGGCCUGCCGUCCUUGGGAUGUGAAUUUCUGAGAAAUUCUGUGACACUUUGAUGACCCCUUUCUAUGUGCUGCACUGGGGCCCUGGAUUAACCUUUGCACGAAUGGUCCUUAAGAGGGGAUAAGCAAAACCAUAUUUCACAUUUCAAUUGACCUGGUUAGAGUGGGUGAUUGAUGUGCAGCUGGGGCAUUCCAAAGAGUUCUGUAGUUUGAACUUUUUUGUAGAAUCCAUGCAUGGCUGCUUCUUUCUGAGACCUGUAGCCAUGGAGUAACAUGGUGGUUCCUCUCACAGCUGUUCUGCACAGAAGUGGAGUUUUAAAGCCAGAGAAUAAGAUGUCUACACACAGGUGGUGUAGCAAAGGCCUCUGUGGAGAGUGGCACCCCAAGGUCCCAUGUCUUUUACUCAGUGGGUUUUAUUGCCUUAUUCUCAUUUAAAAAACAAAAACAAAAACAAAAACAAAAGCAGAACCUGUUUUUCCUACAUAGAUAAUUCUAAUUUUUCUAGGCUUAU